AUGGUCUCUUUUCACUUUGCAGUGCUGAUUUCAAACAUCCGCCCUGCACACACUCAAGGGCAAGAGGCUUCAGAGGAACACAACAAGGCACCUAAACCUCGUCUGACUGUUCAGCCUGAACCAUCACAGAUAUUCAGAGGAGAGACUGUCACUCUCACAUGUGACAUACAGGGGGAAGAUUGGACAUACACAUGGCAGUGUGGAGAUGAACAGCACAACUCUGAGGAGAAAGAGUUCAAGAUCACUGUACAGCUCAAACAGUCCUGCAAGUGUAAAGGCUGCAGAAAACCAUUCUGCUCUGAAUGGAGUGAUGCUGUGACUCUGAGUGUUUCGGGCAAGCCCAAAUUAACUGUAAAGCCCCAGAGUUCAGUGUUCACUGGAGACACAGUUACUCUCAUCUGUGAUGUGGGACGAUCAACUGGACGGACAAUUCACUGGUUCAAAAACUUUCAGAGAAUAAAAGCUGGUUCUGAAACAGAAACACUGAGUGAUGUGAGAGUCUCUGCUGGAGGAAGAUAUGCGUGUGCUGUACAAGACGAAGCACAAGGUCAAGGAGUCGUGCUAACAUAUCAUGUAAUGUCGGUUAAAUUAAACUUCAGUUUAUUUUGCACAGAAAGACCCAAGCCUGUAGUGCGUGUCCAGCCUGAUGGACGUGUGUUCAGAGGAGGACAGACGGUCACUCUCACAUGUGACAUACAGGAGACAGACGUCACCAGCUGGAGCUACAGCUGGAAUAAAGAUGAUUCAGAGAUUCAUGUCAGUCAAUCUCAGGAAUACCGGAUCAGUUCUGUUAGUGAAUCUCACGCAGGUAAUUACAGCUGUACUGGAAGAGAAACAGGAGGAUCACGAUACUCACACACCAGUGAUAAAGUUACACUGACGGUAUCAGGAUCUUCAGAACUAGAGUUUUCCGAAGCUCAUGCUCUGAUAAUUGGAGUGAUUGCAGGACUGAGUGUCACAUUUCUGCUCAUGUUCUUACUGGCCCUGCUGUGGUGCUGCAAACACAACAAAGGUGCAGGAUCUCCGUCUCCCUCUACUGAGCAUCAGCUGCAAAACAUCAGUCAGACAUCAGAACAGAAGAAGAGUGGACCAACACCACCGCAGUCCGACACCAUAUAUGGACCUUCUGAUGUAACCUAUGUAAAGAUUGACCUGAAAUCAAUGAAUGAAAUUAAGAAAGAAAACAAAGGAAAGGAGAGUUCUGACACUGUUUACUCCAAACUGAAGAUUUAA